AUUCAGGUUGAGUAGGUGACAAAGAAUGGGGAAGAUGAAGUUGGAUUUUUAUAUUCUUAAUGAGUGUUAGUGUUCAUUGUAUCUAACCCGAAUGUGUUUAAUGCAUUAUUGGUGUUGUAUUUUCAUCAGGAGUUUUCUUGAAGGAUUAGCAUAUCUGUGAUCUAAAAUUUAAAACAAAACAAAAUGUCGGACGACGAAGACAAGCCACCAGCACCGCCUGUCCGCUUAACCAGCAAUAGGGGUGAUUCUGCACCAAACCUUCCAGUCGACAUGCGACCUCUUCCGAAAGAGCCAGACGCUGACGAGAGAAAGAAGAAGACAACGAAGAACAAAACAAGAACGAAAAGAGAAACAGAGAAGCCUAACAUUUCCUAUCCGACUAAUUUUGAACACACAGUCCACGUUGGAUUUGACGCUGUGACCGGCGAGUUCACGGGUAUGCCAGAGGCGUGGGCACGGCUGCUGAUGAGCUCCAACAUCAGCAAACAGGAGCAGAAGAAGAACCCACAGGCAGUGCUGGACGUACUCAACUGGUUCGACCACUCCAGCAAGGAGACCAAGGGCUCCAAGUAUAUGACUACCACCAAGAUGGUCGCGACGGCGGACCUAUGCCCCAGCUUGCGACACACUCCCCACCACUCGGACUCGUCACAGUCGCAGUCACACAGUCAGCACAGCUUGUCGCAGCCAUCGAGUAGCUCUCCCUCCUCCACCACUCCUGACACAGAGGGGGGCCAUCCCCCCACCACAACCUCGGAACAGGAGGAUGAGCCACCCCCACCACCUGUCGCCACCAGGCCAGAGCGCACCAAGAGCAUCUACACAAAACCUGUGGAAGAUGUCACGGUAACGCUGACUCCAACACCGCCUAUAGUAUCACCUAGAACAACAAAUGGAACGACAACAUCACCGACGGCAACAACGGUUCUAGACAAGAAUAAGAAUCACAAUACUACUAAUACCAAUACAAAUACUAACACAUCUACUACUACAAACACCAACACAAGUAGUUCAACGGCGCGGAAGAAGAAACUGAGUGACGACGAGAUACUAGAGAAGUUACGGACAAUUGUCAGUGUAGGUGACCCCAACAGGAAAUAUGCCAAGAUGGAAAAGAUAGGACAAGGUGCGUCGGGGACAGUAUACACAGCUAUUGAGGCAUCAACAGGUAUGGAAGUGGCAAUCAAACAGAUGAAUCUGUCUCAGCAGCCCAAGAAGGAACUAAUCAUCAAUGAGAUCUUGGUCAUGAGAGAAAACAAACAUCACAACGUUGUCAACUACCUGGACAGCUACUUGGUGGGCGAGGAACUGUGGGUUGUGAUGGAGUACUUGCCGGGUGGCUCACUGACUGACGUAGUCACAGAGACUUGUAUGGACGAGGGACAGAUCGCCUCGGUGUGUCGUGAGGUCUUACAGGCACUCGAAUUCUUACACAGCAACCAGGUUAUUCACCGAGACAUCAAGUCAGACAAUAUACUGUUGGGACUUGACGGCAGUGUCAAACUGACUGACUUUGGUUUCUGUGCACAAAUCUCCCCCGAGCAGUCCAAGAGGACGACCAUGGUAGGCACGCCGUACUGGAUGGCUCCAGAGGUGGUGACGAGGAAGCAGUACGGGCCCAAGGUGGACAUCUGGUCACUUGGCAUCAUGGCUAUUGAGAUGAUUGAGGGAGAACCACCUUACCUCAACGAGAACCCUCUACGUGCUUUAUAUCUGAUUGCUACAAACGGUAAACCAGAGAUAAAGGAGAAAGAGAAACUUUCCCAGAUCUUCCAGGAUUUCUUAGAUCAGUGCCUAGAAGUGGAGGUAGAACUGAGGGCCUCUGCAUCUGAACUGCUAAAGCAUCCGUUCCUGAAGCUAGCUAGACCUCUAGCCAGUCUAACGCCUCUCAUCAUGGCAGCCAAAGAAGCGGCUAAGAGUCACUGACGUGACCAGACCACCACCCCUCGCCCAGGCCCCUCCCCCGUCAAUACUGCAUCAUAGCUCACCCACUAGCAAAGAUAAUCCUCAUAUCUUAUAUGUUAAGGAAGAAAUUUUUUUUUCCCACAAUGGGAACAUUUGCAGCUUGUAAGCUUACAUAUUCCCCCCCCCCCCAAAAAAAAAUAUGCCUUUUUGUAAGUUUAUGUUUCAAGGCAUUAUUCUGAUGUAUUUUUUUUCAAUCAAAAUGUUAUGUAACUGUGCAGUUAAGUUACUUUACUGACACUCCAGCGGGAUUAAACAUUCUAAUUAGUUAUAAGCAAUAUAUUCUACAUUUUCUAUAUGUGAACUUCCCCACUUACAUUUUGUAUUGUAGCAGCAGAGGCUGAAGAUACUGUAUUUCCUCCCUAGUCAUUAUUUCCCCUUCCCCCUCCCAUAUUGCUCUGACUUGUAUGCGACUUUGUUAUCACUGGCGCCGGCGUCGGUUGACAAUUCUAGUCUUAGGGUUUAUAUGAAUUUAGCAGAAACAAUAUAAUAUCAGCUUGUAUUAUUAUGCUGUAGAUACAUAUUGUAAACCUAGUCCUCGUAAUUUACAAUGGACAAUAUUGAAAAUUUCAAUGGGUAUUUUUGUACAAUUUCAUUUCAAAAAGUUGGAUUAAGUUCCCUAGACAAUAUAGAUAUUUAAAUAUUCAAUUUUCCUUCUUGCGGCUAUUUUCCAAUAUUUUGGUACUUAAAAUCUUUUCAUUUAUCAAUUUCUUGUAUUGUGAACUCAUUUGUAAUUGAGGAUUGUAAGUAGUUUAAGUUUAAAUCCACUAAAUACGUUUAAUGGUGAAUUUGUAUAUUUAAUUAAUUUUAGUUUAACAGUGCGUAAAAAAAACAUAAUACUAAAAUAAUCCAUUACACCAGCAUUACAACCAUAACCAAAUUCACUGGACAGAGUUAAAUAUUUUGAAUGAAAAGAGACAAUAGUUUUGAAAGUGGACCAAUACAGAUUUUAAGGGAUUUGAUUAUGGUUCUUAAUAUAUCUAAACUUAUCAUUAUAUAGUGUCAUCCGUCCUAAGAGGAUUUUAUUUAUAGUUUUGCUUAUUUGUUUAGUUGUAAGUAGCAAAUAGUUUCUUUUGAGCAACCAAUUUGUUUACUAACCUUGAGGCUCGUUAUUUUGUUAACAUUCAAUUCUAUAAUGAUACCUUUUCACAGAACAGAGACAAACAUUUAUGGAAUGUAUACUAAUAUUUUUAAAUGAUGUAGACUUAAAAGGCUUUACCUGUGAUGCAUUAAGAUAGAAAGGUCAUUUUAUUUGAAACCCCUCUAAAAAUAGAGAUGUCUUUAAUGAUCAAAUUGGAUAAACUUUAUUAUAGUUACAACCUUUUUGCUCUUAUAACAGUGCUAUGAGCCGCAUUUGAUUUGUUAUGUUUUGCAAUGUAAUAUUUGUGUAGUAAAUACUCCCAUGAAGUUGUUUUCUCCCAUGUUAUGGAAAAUUAUGAUUUUACUGCAUUAUCUACCCCGAUGGGAUUUGAUAUUUUGCAGUUUCUGCUUCAAGAUCACAAAACCACCCAAUAAUAAAUUCACAUAUAAGAACCUACGUAAUGAAAGCACAAUAAACAUAGCUUCCUAAAGAGGAGCACAUUUUUUUGUAAAUAGUUUCUAGGGGUGUGCGAUGCAUCGAAAAUGCAUCGAAAUUUCGAUUCGAUUCGAUUCGAUGCAUCGAAUCGCGAUUCGAUUCAGUGGUGGUCAAAAAACGAUUCGAUUCACGAGGGAGUCAGUAUCCAUAUACGAAAAACGCCUGCAGAAAGUCAAUGCAAUACCCGCAAUACAGGAGCGCGUUGCUGUUGCGUUUCCUUUACGAAGGCGUUCUUAUUUAAUACAUUCUUUGCAUUAAAUAUAGCUUUAAUUGUUUUAUAUUUUUUUGUUUUGACAUUGCAAAUGAUUAGAGGUUUGUUUUUUGUCUUGAUGUAAGCAGUGUGUGAAAUAUUUUACUACUGUGAACCUAGCCAAAACAAGGUAGGUUACUCCAAAAUCAUUUUAAAAAUAAGUCUGAAAAAUUGUUACCUAAUACUUAACUAGUAAGAUUAAUGUUAUAGACUGAUUCAUUUGGUAUUUUUGUUAGGUGUCUGCUGGUCCCCGUCCCCGAAUUUUUGUUGGGGCAAAAGAAAAAAAAAGAAUAAUUUAUUUCCAAAGAAACACUCUUAUAUUAUUAUAUCUAUUAUUACAGAAGAAUUAAAAUGUUCAAAUGAGAAUUAAAAAUUAAGUUGGCUCACGACCUUUAAGAAUAAAGACACAACAGAGCAAUUGCCGCACUGCCUCUAGCCAGAGCCAGGUCUAGUCGUCUACUGAUAAGAGUAACAAGCAAAAGCCGUGACGCAACACUAACAGUGCAAAGAAAACAAAGUCAAAAGAAUAGAAAGACUAUUUAUCCAGACAUACUAGUAUAAUCAUUUAUUGUUUAUUCAAUACCUAAUUAAAAAUAUAUUUUAUUAUUUUACAUAAUAAAUUAUAAACAAAAGAAAUAUCUGAUAUAGUGAACAGAUCUGUAUCUUGGUUAGAUGGGGUUAAAAAAAUAUAUUUCUAAGAUCCAAUACAAUAUUUACAACUCACAAAUUAAAUUGAAUUAAUUUCUUUGAAAAUAAUCUCUAACAGUUUUGUGUCUUUGAAUAAAGAAAUAUAUUUCUUUGUCUCUACUCCCUUGUUUCAUCACUUGCAUUUUGUCUGCAAUUGAAGCAACUGGGUAGCAACCGGGUGGUGUAAGAGGGGAGGGGGAGGGUCUAUGACCUUGAAUUCACACAUCGUUGCCCGGGCCUGGCUGGUGAGACUGAUUCAUUGUUUUUGUUGACAUACUACUACCCUUCCUUAAGAGAAAAAGGCCCUGCUGUUCCAAAAACAUUGAGGGUAGUUUAAAAACAUUGACCUGUGUUGCCAAGGGUACUAGGCUAGAAGAUAGCAUUUAACUUUCUUGUCUCUUGAUUUAAUAUUAUUUUAAUCUUCUAUAUAUUAUUUAAGAGUUACUUUUCGGGUACCUAAUUAGUUGUGAUAUUGUUUGGCUUUAUUUUAUGGAUUUUUAAUUCUUUUCAUUCAUUAGCUAUCAAAAUCAGUUGUUUUAGGAUUUUAAUCUCUUGCAGUAGGUCUAUACUACUGUAUGACAUGAUAUGCAUUUUUUAGUCCUUUUUAAUUAUACCAUAAACAAUGUUUGUAUGUUAUUUACUGUUUUUUAGUUUUAUAGGAAAUUAGUUUACACAAUAUCUUUUCUUCAAUGAGUUCUCCACUUGACAUGUUGCUUCUAGCCUAUUACUAUUUUAGGCCCUAUAAAAAUAAUGUCUAGGUAAAGCUGUACGCCUACUGAUGCCAAUAAUAAUUCUUUAUUUAUUAUGAUGUAACAAAUAAUGUAAGUGUGAGGUUAUUAUACUAAGGAGGUUAGGAGGCAGGGAAUGAAUGAUACAUAUUGCAUGGUGGAAACAUAUUAUUUUUAUUUUCUUCUUGCUUGCAGUCCUGAAGCCGGUCCACAGGCCCUAAACUUGUGAUAUGUAAAUUUAUUUCUUAAUGGUCUUUUUAUAUUAAGUUCCAUUCAAAUUUGUUGUAAUUUAGCUACCGGCACCUAUUUAGUUAUUUAAACAGUUAUUAAAAUGAGAAUGAAUGUCUUGAUAAAAAAAAUAUUUUCUUCUUUCUUGCAGUUGAGCCAAUUCAAGUAAAAAUUAUGAAAUAGGCAAGUAAAGCAGCUCACUGGUAUUUCCAGCAGUUAUUCUAAUACAUAUGAUUGAAAAUAAAUAUUUUUUCACCUAAAAUUCAUAUGUUAAGUAUGAAAUAGGCCUAAUACCACAUCAACAAAAAUUUGUAUUACACAAAUGUGAUACAUUUUAAUUAUUGUUAAUCCACUCAAUUGACAAUUAUGAAUAGAAAAAUACCGUAUUGCUUCGAAUCGAGUUGCAUCGAAUCGAAUCGAAAAUCUUUUGAAUCGAAUCGUUGCUUCGAAUCGAAAAUUUUUUGCUGCUUCGCACACCCCUAAUAGUUUCUACGAGUAUAUAAAUACAUGUUAUAAUUUGCUUGUGAUUUUAUUUUUGUUUGACUGUGCUGCGUGCCUAACUUGUGUAUAGCUGGCGACCGACACAGUACUGUGCAUAUAAUCAUGAUAAAGUAGUGUAUGUACAUGUAGGUAGUAAAUAUGCGAGUAUUCUAUUGAGUUUAUAAUCAAAUGUUUGUUGAGUGAUGUGAUUCAAUGUGCUAAUGUCGUUUCUGUACAAUACAACCAUUCUGAUUUAUUGAAAUGGCGCUUAAAAUAUGCUUAAACAAUUUUUUCCGUCACAAAGUUAACAUACAUUGAAAACAUUGAUUGUUAAUUUUCGAAUUCCGCAAAAUUGAACUUACAAUAAGUCAAUUUCAAAAAAGCAAUAAGAAUAACAUGAGCACAUGUUAAAAAUCUACUUCACUCAACAAUCUUAUUCUUUUCGACUUUACAGGGGCUUCUAGGCUGCAUUGAGCCUAAUGCAUUUAUGUUUGCAGUUUUCAUUUUUUGUAUAUUUUUCAAUCAUAUCACAUCGUAAAAUAUAUUUAAAGAUGUCAGCAAAGUGUGGGGUUCUUGUAAUUGAUAAUAAAUGGGUGACACAGGUCUUGGUACAGAAGUAUAAUGUAUGAUGUAAUGUAAUCAUGUGACCGGCCCGAUACAUUCUCUUUGAUACAGUACUUAUAUUGAUUUUUAAUAGAUGUAUGUUAUUUGAAAAAUAUUAGUUUUAUAGAAAUAGUAAGUAUCUACAGUAGAACCUUUCUCACAAUGGAAAUAACAAUUAAGUUGUAAAGCCUAGGAAACUAAAAACACCAAAAUGCAUUUUAGUCAAAUUAUAAGAAAGUUAAUAAAAAGUCUGGGGUUGAGGCUGUUGAUGCAGAUGCCAGUAUGUCAGUGCUGUUCGAAGUGUUAAAACGUUGCAAGAAAAAUAAGAAUAAAAAUUUCAAAAAGCGGAAUUGCAGAAGUUAAUUAAAUGUAUCAGAAUCGAAUAAUCAAUCUAUAGCAGACCUUGUUAUAUAACCCUAACUUCAGUUACUAUAUUGCCUUAUUCACCUCUGUAAAUGCUGAAAAAUAAGAAUUUUAAUAAAAAUGUUGGCUUAUUGACAUGACCUUCCCCUAAAGGUUCUGCUGUAUUAGGAUAUUUCGGUCGUGACAAGUGUCGUUCAGUAAGGUGUAUGGUAUAAGCCUAUCUCCCCUGUGUAUUAUACAACCCAGAUUGUACAGUGUAUAUAAAGACUCAGUAUUUUGCAUUUUCCUCUCGAAUAAAGCAGUGCCUGUCGUACGGAUAGAUUACCUUUGGACUGUUACAGUAACGUAUUGUAGUUCUUGUAAAAAUGAUCAAAGCUUUCGAUUUGGCUGUAUUUAAGUUUCAAUGUGUUUAAAAAUUUAGUUGUCCAGUGUUAAAAUAAUCUUGAAUAAUUUUGUACUGCAUAGAAUAAUUCAACCAUGACAUUCACCUGUUUUUUCAAAGUUGACGUUUACAAUCAACUGCACUAUUCAAUGUAUUAAAUAUUUUUAUUUUGUAUCCAACCCGAUAUAAGCUUUUAUUUAGCAAGUGCUUAACUAUCCCAAUUAUAAUCUUAUUGCAUUAUUAACACACUUUAAUUCUUGUUUUGGACUUCUCGUAGCGGUUUUAGUCUAGACAAGUUUAAACAAUAUUAUAGUUUGUUGUAAAGUUAGCAAGGGAAUUCCAAAUAGCCUAAUUUUUAGUUGAUUGCUAUUGCGUUUUCCGCUUGUGAUGUUAAACUGCAGGUUGUAUUUGUGUAAUAUUUUUUACCUUUUUUUUAAUAUAAGGCAGUAUUAUCAGUAUAGAUAAUUUAAGCGAAGUUCAAAAUAUAUUCGAGCUUCUUUUCAAUAGAAUUAUUGUUUAUUAUUUAGUUGUCAUGACAGUUGACUAUUGUAUUAUUCAUAUAAAUGAUUCUGCUAUAAUGCUAUAUAUUUUUCUAUUUAGUGUAAAUAGCUAUUAUUUAAAUUGGGCCCCUUUUUAGACCCUUACUUUGUAUGGAAAACAAUUUGGAAUUCACUUGUAGUUGAUCACCAAAUUACUGAACUUUUAUUUUCGAAACAUAACAUUUAAAAAAUGACAAAAUCUAUAGGGCCUAAAUGUGAAUUAUGGGCAUAGUAAUAACAUGAGUUAUUUACAAUUGUGGUACUGUAAAUCCGUGAGAUGUAUAUACAUUUUUAUUAUGACUCCAUUUUAUAUGGAUUUAAAGCCAAAUAAACGAUAUUGUGUAACAAAACUCUUUGUUUCUUGUUGCUCAUAUCAACUUUAUUAAUAACAAUAAGUUAGUGUGAAUAUUAAUUUGUUUUCAAUAUUAUUAAUGAUGUAUAUUUUGUUUUUAUCAAAAGGUUUAUUUAGAAUUUUUGACGGUUUUGUAAUUGUUAUGAAUAUUACAAUUUAUAUAUUUUUUAAUGUUAAAUGCCAAUCAGAAGGUUAAUAAAGUGAGUUUGUGCUUAUAAUACUUCUGCCUGAGUUUUAUAUCCAUAAAUAAAGAGUGUUAUGGUGAAAUUA